AUGGAGACUCCUCGCUCUGUGUGCAGUGAAAGUUGUAUUCCUGGAUACAGAAAAGCUGUUCUCCCAGGUCACCCUUCCUGUUGCUUUGAAUGUCUUCCAUGUCCUGAAGGAGAGAUUGCUAAUGAAACAGAUAUGAACAUUUGUCUGAAAUGUCAAGAUGAACAAUGGCCUAAUCUCCAGAGGGACACUUGCAUUCCAAGGAUGACUGAAUACCUCUCCUAUGAUGAACCACUGGGUACAAUUUUGGCUUCCAUCUGUAGCCUCUUGUCUGUCACGACUGUUUCUGUACUUUUCAUCUUCAUCAAAUAUCGCAAUACUCCAAUAGUCAAAGCCAACAACCGUAACCUCAGCUAUAUUCUGUUAAUGUCUCUUAUAAUGUGCUUCCUCUGUGCUGCCCUUUUCAUUGGUCUUCCUAAAAAGGUGACUUGUUUCCUUCGACAAGCAGUUUUUGGAAUGAUUUUCACCAUCUGUAUUUCAACGGUACUGGCAAAAACAGUUACUGUGGUGAUUGCUUUUAAAGCCACAAAACCAGACAGCACAUUGAGGAAGUGGAUUUCACCCAGAGUUAUGGGCACUAUAGCCCCUUUGUGUACGUUUGUCCAAGCCAUUAUAUGCAUAGUCUGGCUGACUGCUGAUCCACCCUUUCUGAGACAAGACAUCAAAUCCAAACCAGGGACUAUAAUCAUUGAAUGUGCUGAAGAUUCACCGGUUUUCUACUGUAUGAUGGGCUACUUGGGCUGUCUAGCAGUCAUGAGUUUUAUUGUUGCAUUUUUAGCCAGAAAAUUACCUGAUGCCUUUAAUGACGCUAAAUUUAUAACUUUUAGCAUGCUUGUAUUUGUGUGUGUUUGGAUGUCUUUUGUUCCAGCAUAUCUUAGUACUAAGGGAAAAUAUUUGGUUGCUGUGGAAGUCUUUGCUAUUUUGGCAUCAGCUGGGGGUAUACUUGCAUGUAUUUUCUCCCCUAAGUGCUACAUAAUUGUUAUGAAGCCUGAAAUGAACACUAGGGAGCAGCUGAUUGGAAAACCAAAAAAGUAGCUUAGAAUAUUUUAAUUAAAAGGUGCAAACCUGUGUGUCACUUAGGGCACCACU